AUGGCUGAGAGCGCCUCUCCACCCUCCUCAUCUGUAGCAGCCCCAGCUGCUGAGCCGGGGGUCACGGAGCAGCCGGGGCCCCAGAGCCCCCCACCCUCUCCGCCAGGCCUGGAGGAGCCCCUGGAUGGAGCUGAUCCUGACAUCCCACACCCGGACCUGGCGCCUGUUGCCUUCUUUUGCCUACGGCAGACCACCAGCCCUCGGAACUGGUGCAUCAAGAUGGUGUGCAAUCCAUGGUUCGAGUGUGUCAGCAUGCUGGUGAUCCUGCUGAACUGCGUGACCCUGGGCAUGUACCAGCCCUGUGACGACAUGGACUGCCUGUCUGACCGCUGCAAGAUCCUGCAGGUGUUUGAUGACUUCAUCUUCAUCUUUUUUGCCAUGGAGAUGGUGCUCAAGAUGGUGGCCCUGGGCAUUUUUGGCAAGAAAUGCUACCUCGGGGACACAUGGAACCGCCUGGAUUUCUUCAUCGUCAUGGCAGGGAUGGUCGAGUACUCCCUGGACCUUCAGAACAUCAACCUGUCAGCCAUCCGUACUGUGCGUGUCCUGAGGCCCCUCAAAGCCAUCAACCGCGUGCCCAGUAUGCGGAUCCUGGUGAAUCUGCUUCUGGACACACUGCCCAUGCUGGGGAACGUCCUCCUGCUCUGUUUCUUUGUCUUCUUCAUCUUUGGCAUCAUAGGCGUGCAGCUCUGGGCAGGCCUGCUGCGCAACCGCUGCUUCCUGGAGGAAAACUUCACCAUACAAGGGGAUGUGGCCUUGCCGCCCUACUACCAGCCAGAGGAGGAUGAUGAGAUGCCCUUCAUCUGCUCCCUGUCUGGGGACAAUGGCAUCAUGGGCUGCCAUGAGAUCCCCCCGCUCAAGGAGCAGGGCCGGGAGUGCUGCCUGUCCAAGGACGAUGUCUACGACUUCGGCACAGGGCGCCAGGACCUCAAUGCCAGCGGCCUCUGUGUCAAUUGGAACCGCUACUACAAUGUGUGCCGCACAGGCAGUGCCAACCCCCACAAAGGUGCCAUCAACUUUGACAACAUAGGUUAUGCCUGGAUUGUCAUCUUUCAGGUGAUCACUCUGGAAGGCUGGGUGGAGAUCAUGUACUAUGUGAUGGACGCUCACUCCUUCUACAACUUCAUCUAUUUUAUCCUGCUUAUCAUAGUGGGCUCCUUCUUCAUGAUCAACCUGUGCCUCGUUGUCAUAGCGACCCAGUUCUCGGAGACCAAGCAGCGGGAGCACCGGCUGAUGCUGGAGCAGCGGCAGCGCUACCUGUCCUCUAGCACGGUGGCCAGCUAUGCAGAGCCCGGGGACUGCUAUGAGGAAAUCUUCCAGUACGUCUGCCACAUCCUGCGCAAGGCCAAGCGCCGUGCCCUGGGCCUCUACCAGGCCCUACAGAACCGGCGCCAGGCCCUGGGCCCAGGGGCCCCUGCCCCUGCCCCUGCCAAGCCCGGGCCACAUGCCAAGGAGCCUAGGCACUACAAGCUGUGCCCAAGACACAGCCCCCUCGACCCAACACCCCAUGCGUUGGUGCAGCCCAUCUCUGCCACGCUGGCCUCUGACCCUGCCAGCUGCCCCCGCUGCCAGCAUGAGGCAGGACGGCGGCCCUCAGGCCUGGGCAGCACCGACUCAGGCCAGGAGGGCUCAGGCUCUGGUGGCUCCUGUGGUGGUGAGGAUGAGGCAGAUGGGGAUGGUGCCCAGAGCAGUGAGGAUGGGGCGUCCUCAGGACUGGAGAAGGAGGACGAGGAGGAGCAGGCAGACGGACCAGCCCGGCUCUGUGGGGCCGUGUGGCGUGAGACACGAGCCAAGCUGCGGGGCAUCGUGGACAGCAAGUACUUCAACCGUGGCAUCAUGAUGGCCAUCCUGGUUAACACCGUCAGCAUGGGCAUCGAGCACCAUGAGCAGCCUGAGGAGCUGACUAACGUCCUGGAGAUCUGCAACGUGGUCUUCACUAGCAUGUUUGCCUUGGAGAUGAUCUUGAAGCUGGCCGCCUUCGGGCUCUUCGACUACCUGCGCAACCCCUAUAACAUCUUUGACAGCAUCAUCGUCAUCAUCAGCAUCUGGGAGAUCGUGGGGCAGGCGGAUGGUGGCCUGUCAGUACUGAGGACCUUCCGGCUUCUGCGCGUGCUGAAACUGGUGCGCUUCAUGCCUGCACUGCGGCGCCAGCUCGUGGUGCUCAUGAAGACCAUGGACAACGUGGCCACCUUCUGCAUGCUGCUCAUGCUCUUCAUCUUCAUCUUCAGCAUCCUCGGGAUGCACAUCUUUGGCUGCAAAUUCAGCCUCCGCACGGACACGGGGGACACAGUCCCUGAUAGGAAGAACUUUGACUCCCUGCUGUGGGCCAUCGUCACAGUGUUUCAGAUCCUCACGCAGGAAGACUGGAAUGUCGUCCUCUACAAUGGCAUGGCCUCCACCUCCCCCUGGGCCUCCCUCUACUUUGUCGCCCUCAUGACCUUCGGCAACUAUGUGCUGUUCAACCUGCUGGUGGCCAUCCUGGUGGAAGGCUUCCAGGCAGAGGGUGAUGCCAAUCGCUCCUACUCUGAUGAAGACCAGAGCUCAUCUAACAUAGAGGAGUUUGACAAGCUUCAGGAGGGUCUGGACAUCAGUGGAGAUCCCAAGCUCUGCCCAGUCCCCAUGACCCCCAAUGGGCAUCUGGACCCCAGCCUCCCACUGGCUGGGCAUCUUGGUCAUACUGGGGCUGUGGCACCAGCCCCCCGCCUCUCACUGCAGCCAGACCCUGUGCUGGUGGCCCUGGGUUCUCGAAAGAGCAGCGUUAUGUCUCUGGGGAGGAUGAGCUAUGAUCAGCGCUCCCUGUCCAGCUCCAGGAGCUCCUACUAUGGGCCAUGGGGCCGCAGCGGGGCCUGGGCCAGCCGUCGUUCCAGCUGGAACAGCCUCAAGCACAAACCACCGUCCGCCGAGCACGAAUCCCUGCUCUCAGCAGAGCGUGGCAGCAGUACCAGGGCCUGCGAGGCUGUAGGGGACGAGGCGCCGCCGCGCGUUGUGCCCCUGCACGCCCCCCACACGCACCACGCUCACCACGCUCACCACGGGCACCACCUGGCGCACCGUCACCGCCACCACCGCCGGACGCUGUCCCUCGACACUAGGGAUUCGGUGGACCUGGCUGAGCUGGUGCCCACUAUGGGCGCCCACCCUCGGGCCGCAUGGAGGGCGGCGGGUCCAGCCCCCGGGCAUGAGGACUGCAAUGGCAGGAUGCCCAGCAUCGCCAAGGAUGUCUUCACCAAGAUGGACGACCGCCGGGAUCGUGGGGACGACGAGGAGGAGAUUGACUAUACCCUAUGCUUCCGCGUCCGUAAGAUGAUUGAUGUCUACAAGCCUGACUGGUGCGAGGUCCGUAGGAACUGGUCUGUCUACCUCUUCUCUCCUGAGAACAGGUUCCGGGUUCUGUGUCAGACUAUCAUCGCCCACAAGCUCUUCGACUAUGUUGUCCUGGCCUUUAUCUUCCUCAACUGCAUCACCAUUGCCCUGGAGCGUCCCCAGAUCGAGGCCGGCAGCACAGAACGCAUCUUCCUCACCGUGUCCAACUACAUCUUCACAGCCAUCUUUGUGGGCGAGAUGACACUGAAGGUGGUCUCGCUGGGCUUGUACUUCGGAGAGCAGGCCUACCUACGCAGCAGCUGGAACGUGCUGGAUGGCUUCCUGGUCUUUGUGUCGAUCAUCGACAUUGUGGUGUCCGUGGCCUCGGCCGGGGGAGCCAAGAUCCUGGGAGUCCUCCGCGUCUUGAGGCUCCUGCGUACCUUACGCCCUCUGCGAGUCAUCAGCCGGGCGCCGGGCCUAAAGCUGGUGGUGGAGACCCUCAUCUCUUCCCUCAAGCCCAUUGGCAACAUCGUUCUCAUCUGCUGUGCAUUCUUCAUCAUCUUUGGCAUUCUGGGAGUACAGCUCUUCAAGGGCAAGUUCUACCACUGUCUGGGGGUGGACACUCGCAACAUCACCAACCGCUCUGACUGCAUGGCUGCCAACUACCGCUGGGUGCAUCAUAAAUACAACUUCGACAACCUGGGCCAGGCUUUGAUGUCCCUCUUUGUCCUGGCAUCCAAGGACGGCUGGGUGAAUAUCAUGUACAAUGGUCUGGACGCUGUUGCUGUGGAUCAGCAGCCCGUGACCAACCACAACCCCUGGAUGCUGCUAUACUUCAUCUCCUUCCUGCUCAUCGUCAGUUUCUUUGUCCUCAACAUGUUUGUGGGUGUGGUGGUGGAGAACUUCCACAAGUGCCGGCAGCACCAGGAGGCUGAGGAGGCAAGGCGGCGUGAGGAGAAACGGCUGCGGCGCCUGGAGAAGAAGCGCCGUAAGGCUCAGCGUCUGCCCUACUAUGCCACCUAUUGUCCCACCCGGCUGCUCAUCCACUCCAUGUGCACCAGCCACUACCUGGACAUCUUUAUCACCUUCAUCAUCUGCCUCAAUGUGGUCACUAUGUCCCUGGAGCACUACAACCAGCCCACGUCCCUUGAGACAGCCCUCAAGUACUGCAACUACAUGUUCACCACUGUCUUUGUGCUGGAGGCUGUGCUGAAGCUGGUGGCAUUUGGUCUGAGGCGCUUCUUUAAGGACCGGUGGAACCAGCUGGACCUGGCCAUUGUGCUUCUGUCGGUCAUGGGCAUCACGCUGGAAGAGAUUGAGAUCAAUGCGGCCCUGCCCAUCAACCCCACCAUCAUCCGUAUCAUGCGGGUUUUGCGCAUUGCCAGGGUGCUGAAGCUAUUGAAGAUGGCCACAGGGAUGCGGGCUCUGCUGGACACGGUGGUGCAGGCUUUGCCCCAGGUGGGCAACCUGGGCCUCCUCUUCAUGCUGCUCUUCUUCAUCUACGCUGCCCUGGGUGUGGAGCUCUUUGGGAAGCUAGUCUGCAAUGAAGAGAACCCAUGUGAGGGUAUGAGCCGGCACGCCACCUUUGAGAACUUUGGCAUGGCCUUCCUCACGCUCUUCCAAGUUUCCACUGGUGACAACUGGAAUGGGAUCAUGAAGGACACUCUGCGGGACUGCACCCAUGAUGAGCGCAGUUGCCUGAGCAGCCUGCAGUUCGUGUCACCGCUGUACUUCGUCAGCUUCGUGCUGACGGCCCAGUUCGUGCUCAUCAACGUGGUGGUGGCUGUGCUCAUGAAACACCUGGACGACAGCAACAAGGAGGCACAGGAGGAUGCUGAGAUGGAUGCCGAAAUUGAGCUGGAGAUGGCCCACAGUCUGGGCCCUAGCCCUCGGCCGCCCACCAGUUCUCCUGGGGUCCCCGGCCACGGGCCAGGAGGGGUGGGCAGCGGGUGUGAUGCUGAGGGUCGCUUGUGCCGGCGCUGCUACUCUCCAGCCCAGGAGACCCUGUGGCUGGACAGCGUCUCUUUAAUCAUCAAGGACUCACUGGAGGGAGAGCUGACCAUCAUUGAUAAUCUGUCCGGCUCUGUUUUUCACCACUAUGCCUCACCCGCCGGCCAUGGGAAGUGCCUCCAUGACCAGCAAGAGGUACAGCUGGCUGAGACGGAGGCCUUCUCCUUGAACUCAGACAGGUCUUCGUCCAUCCUACUGGGUGAUGACCUGAGUCUCGAGGACCCCACAAUAUGCCCUUCUGGCCACAAAGACAGCAAGGGUGAGCUGGACCUGCCUGAGCCCAUGUGUGUGGGGGACCUGGGCGAAUGCUUCUUCCCCUUGUCCACUACGGCCAUCUCGUCAGGUCCAGAGAACUUCCUGUGUGAGAUGGAAGCAAUCCCAUUCAACCCUGUCCGGUCCUGGCUGAAACAUGAGAGUAGUCAAGCACUACCCUCAAGACCCUUCUCCCCGGAUGCCUCCAGCCCACUCCUGCCCAUGCCACCCGAAUUCUUCCACCCUGCUGUGUCCGCCAGCCAGAAAGGGCAGGAGAAGGGCACUGGCGCUGAGAGCCUCCCCAAGAUCUCCCUCCAGGGCUCCUGGGCAUCCCUGCGGUCGCCAAGUGUCAACUGUACCCUGCUCCGGCAGGCCACUGGGAGUGACACUUCGCUGGACGCCAGCCCCAGCAGCUCUGCAGGCAGCCUGCAGACCACACUGGAGGACAGUCUGACCCUCAGUGACAGUCCCCGGCGCACCCUGGGGCCGCCCGCGCCUGCCAUGGGGCCUCGGGCCGGCCUCUCCCCGGCGGCCCGCCGCCGCCUCAGCCUGCGGGGCCGCGGCCUGUUCAGCCUGCGCGGGCUGCGGGCGCAUCAGCGCAGCCACAGCAGCGGGGGCUCCACCAGCCCGGGCUGCACCCACCACGACUCCAUGGACCCCUCGGAUGAGGAGGGCCGCGGCGGCGCGAGCGGCGGGGGCGCGGGCAGCGAGCACUCGGAGACCCUCAGCAGCCUCUCGCUCACCUCCCUCUUCUGCCCGCCGCCCCCGCCGCCGCCCCCCGGGCUCACGCCCUCCAGGAAGUUCAGCAGCACCAGCAGCCUGGCCACCGGCCCCGGCCGCCCGCGCGCCCCCACCGCCCAGCCCCGCGGCCUGGCCCGGAGCCCGUCUUGGGCCGCGGACCGCAGCAAGGACCCUCCGGGCUCGGGCCUGGGUCCCUCGGGACCGGAGCCGCAGCCACCCCCCGGGGACCUGGAGCUGGGAGACGCAGCGAGCAAGAGGAAGAGAUGA